GGCGGCGGCGGCAGCGGCAGCAGUAGCGGCGGCGGCAGCAGCGGCCCCUCCUCACCCGAACAUCAGGGCCCUCCAGACCCAGGCGCCCCAACAAAUUCCUAGAGGACCUGUGCAGCAGCCUCUGGAGGAUCGCCUUUUCCCUUCCCCGGUCUCCGCGGUCUACAGCACGGUAACACAAGUAGCAAGACAGCCGGGACCCCAAACCCCUUCCCCUUACUCAGCACAUGAGAUAAACAAGGGGCAUCCAAAUCUUUCGGCAACGCCCCCGGGACAUGCAUCGUCCCCUGGACUCUCUCAAACCCCUUAUCCCUCUGGACAGAAUGCAGGUCCAGCCACACUGGUCUAUCCUCAAGCCCCUCAGACAAUGAAUUCACAACCUCAGACUCGUUCUCCGCCCAGCAGAACAGUGCCAAUACAUUGCACAGACAACUGGAAGAGGAGGAAGGUUUUGGAACAGACUCCCGUUUACAGGUCCCUGGCUGGAAGAGGCUGGAUAAAAUACUGCAUUUUUGCAGCGGGGCCUCGACCUGCCCAUCAUCAGGGAGGAUUCAGACCUAUCCAGUUUUUCCAGAGGCCUCAAAUACAGCCUCCCAGAGCCACCAUCCCGAACAGCAGUCCUUCCAUUCGUCCUGGUGCCCAGACUCCCACCGCUGUGUAUCAGGCCAAUCAGCACAUCAUGAUGGUUAACCAUCUUCCCAUGCCAUACCCUGUACCCCAGGGUCCUCAGUACUGUAUACCACAGUAUCGUCAUGGUGGCCCUCCUUAUGUUGGGCCCCCACAACAGUAUCCUGUUCAACCACCAGGACCCGGUCCUUUUUAUCCUGGACCAGGACCUGGGGACUUCCCCAAUGCUUAUGGAACGCCUUUUUACCCAAGUCAGCCCGUGUAUCAGUCAGCACCUAUCAUAGUGCCUACGCAGCAGCAGCCCCCUCCAGCCAAGAGAGAGAGAAAAACCAUUCGAAUCCGGGAUCCCAAUCAGGGCGGUAAAGAUAUAACAGAGGAGAUUAUGUCUGGAGGUGGCAGCAGGAACCCUACCCCACCUAUAGGAAGACCCACAUCCACGCCCACUCCUCCUCAGCAGCUGCCCAGCCAGGUCCCCGAGCACAGCCCUGUGGUUUAUGGGACUGUGGAGAGCGCUCAUCUUGCUGCCAGCACCCCUGUCACUGCAGCUAGCGACCAGAAGCAAGAAGAGAAGCCAAAGCCAGAUCCAGUGUUAAAGUCUCCUUCCCCAGUCCUUAGACUAGUCCUCAGUGGAGAGAAGAAAGAUCGAGCAGGCCAGACCCCGGAGGUGACUUCAGCAGAGUCGGUUCCAGAGCUUCCUCGGCCUCCAUCACCCUCUGCCAUUCCUCCAGUUGUCGGGAGUUCAGUUGCUUCCCCGUCCUCUGCUGCUCUUAGUAGCCAACCUGUCUUCACUUCCCCUCUUGAUGACAGAUGUGAACUCUGUCCCUCAGAAGUUACAGUUCCUGUCCCCAGCCCCACAUCUCGUACAUCAGAACCAUCAGAUGAAUUUGAUGAUGAUAUAUGCAAGAGACCUUCUAGUGUAGCACCUCAUGAAAUUCCACUGAUUUCUAGUACUAACCUAAGUGAUGAACUGAAUGGAGUUAACGAACAGUUGCCAGUGAAGGAGAGCACUGUGGAAAUGGUAAAACAGGAAGUGUUGCCAUUGACUCUGGAGUUGGAAAUCCUGGAAAAUCCUUUAGAAGAAAUGAAAAUGGACUGCAUCCCAGCUCCCGUCACCCCCUCCAUGCUUCCUUCCUUUUCUCCAGCUCCCCCAACUCCUCCAGCUUCUCCUCCCCCCAUUACAGUCAUUGUUCCUGCUGUCACCACGACUGUUAGCUCUCCUACUGCUCCCACUGCAGUCCAGAGAGCUGUAGAAGAGGAUGAGAGCCUAAGAACUUGCCUUAGUGAAGAUGCAAAGGAGAGUCAAAAUAAAAUGGAGGUAGAAACCGAUGGGCAAGCAGAAGAAGUGGUGGAGUCUCAGAUCCUAAGUUCAAGAAAGAGCCCUGCCCCAGCACAAAUAGUUGUCACUGCACCAAAGACGUGGAAGAAGGCAAAAGAUCGGACCCGGACCACGGAAGAGGUGGUAGAAGCAGAGCUUGAGCCUAGCGCAGAAGAGCAGCUUUCAGUGGACAGAGCUCUGGAAGCUGAACAAGAUAAGAUGAGCCAAGGUCAUCCUGAAAGAGACCCCUGUGACCUGAAAACCAUGACAGCUGGGGAUGAAAAUGGAGAAGAAGCUGAGCCUAUUCGGAAUGGUGCUGAGAGCAUUUCUGAGGGGGAAGGAGCAGAUGCUAGUUUAGGCUCCACUGAUAGUACUGGGGAUGGAGUCACUUUCCCCUUUAAACCAGGAUCUUGGAAGCCUGUUGAUACUGAAGGCAAGAAGCAAUAUGACAGGGAAUUUCUGUUGGACUUCCAGUUUAUGCCGGCCUGUAUACAGAAACCAGAAGGCUUGCCUCCCAUCAGUGAUGUGGUUCUUGACAAGAUCAACCAACCCAAAUUGCCAAUGCGAACUCUAGAUCCUCGGAUCAUGCCUCGAGGACCAGAUUUCACACCAGCCUUUGCAGACUUUGGAAGACAGUCACCUGGUGGUAGAGGAGGUGUGCCUUUGUUGAAUGUUGGACCACGGAGGUCUCAGCCUGGUCAGAGGAGGGAGCCCAGAAAGAUCAUCACGGUUUCUGUAAAAGAAGAUGUACACUUAAAAAAGGCGGAAAAUGCCUGGAAGCCCAGCCAGAAACGUGACAGCCAAGCUGAUGAUCCUGAGAGCAUUAAGACCCAGGAACUUUUCCGAAAAGUUCGAAGUAUCUUAAAUAAACUGACACCACAGAUGUUCAACCAGCUGAUGAAGCAAGUGUCAGGAUUGACUGUUGAUACAGAAGAGCGGCUGAAGGGAGUCAUUGACCUGGUCUUUGAGAAAGCUAUUGAUGAACCCAGUUUCUCUGUGGCUUACGCAAACAUGUGUCGAUGUCUAGUAACGCUGAAAGUACCCAUGGCAGACAAGCCGGGCAACACGGUAAAUUUCCGGAAGCUGCUGUUAAACCGCUGCCAGAAGGAGUUUGAAAAGGAUAAGGCAGAUGAUGAUGUCUUUGAGAAGAAGCAGAAAGAAUUGGAGGCUGCCAGUGCACCAGAAGAGAAGACCAGGCUUCAUGAUGAGCUGGAAGAAGCUAAGGACAAAGCCCGGCGCAGAUCCAUUGGUAACAUCAAGUUUAUUGGAGAACUCUUUAAGCUGAAAAUGCUGACGGAAGCCAUCAUGCAUGACUGUGUGGUAAAGCUGCUGAAGAACCAUGACGAGGAAUCACUGGAGUGCCUGUGCCGCCUGCUCACCACCAUUGGCAAAGACUUGGACUUUGAGAAGGCCAAGCCACGCAUGGACCAGUACUUUAACCAGAUGGAGAAAAUUGUAAAAGAAAGAAAAACUUCAUCAAGGAUCCGAUUCAUGCUUCAAGACGUGAUAGACCUGAGGCUGUGUAAUUGGGUAUCUCGAAGAGCAGAUCAAGGGCCUAAGACGAUUGAGCAAAUUCACAAAGAAGCAAAAAUAGAAGAACAAGAAGAGCAGAGAAAGGUGCAGCAGCUCAUGACCAAGGAGAAGAGAAGGCCAGGUGUCCAAAGAGUGGAUGAAGGUGGGUGGAACACUGUACAAGGGGCCAAGAACAGUCGGGUACUUGACCCGUCAAAAUUUUUGAAAAUCACUAAGCCCACAAUUGAUGAGAAGAUCCAGCUGGUACCUAAGGCGCAGCUGGGCAGCUGGGGGAAAGGCAGCAGUGGCGGAGCAAAGGCAAGCGAAUCUGAUGCCUUACGGUCAAGUGCUUCCAGUUUAAAUAGAUUCUCUCCUCUGCAACCUCCAGCAUCAUCAGGGACCCCGUCAGCCACACCGUUAGAGUUUGAUUCCCGAAGGACAUUAACCAGUCGUGGAAGCAUGGGCAGGGAGAAGAAUGACAAGCCUCUUCCACCGGGAACAGCCCGCCCCAACACCUUCAUGCGGGGAGGCAGCAGUAAAGACCUGCUAGACAAUCAGUCCCAGGAGGAGCAGCGCAGAGAGAUGCUCGAAACAGUAAAGCAGCUGACGGGUGGCAUGGACCGAAACAAAGUGCGAGAGCCAGUAGUGAAGGCAGAGAUUUCAACAACACCGUCCCCUGACAAGCCCACGUUAUCAGAAGAAGAAAUGGAGAGGAAGUCCAAAUCAAUUAUUGAUGAGUUUCUACACAUCAGUGACCUUAAGGAAGCCAUGCAGUGCAUAGAAGAGCUGAGUGCCCAGGGCCAGCUGCAUGUUUUCGUGAAGGUGGGAGUGGAGUUUACCCUGGAAAGGAGCCAGAUCACCAGGGAUCACAUGGGCCACUUACUCUAUCAGCUGGUACAGUCAGAGAAACUCAGCAAACAGGACUUUUUCAAAGGUUUUUCAGAAACCUUGGAAUUAGCAGAUGACAUGGCCAUUGAUAUUCCUCAUAUUUGGUUGUACCUUGCUGAACUGGUCACUCCCAUGUUAAAAGAAGGUGGAAUCUCCAUGAGAGAACUUAUUGUAGAAUUUAGCAAACCUUUACUUCCUGUUGGAAGAGCUGGGAUCUUGCUUUCUGAAAUAUUGCACCUUCUAUGCAAACAAAUGAGCCAUAAAAAAGUGGGAGGUUUAUGGAGGGAGGCUGAUCUCAGCUGGAAGGACUUCUUACCUGAAGGGGAAGAUGUACAUACUUUUCUCUUGGAACAGAAACUAGACUUUCUAGAAUCUGAAAGUUCCUGUUCCCCUGAAGCACUUUCAAGGAAGGAGCUCCCUGCAGAAGAGCUAUACCAGCGGCUUGAGAAGCUCAUUGUAGAAGACAAGGCGAAUGAUGAGCAGAUCUUUGACUGGGUAGAGGCUAACCUAGAUGAAAGCCAGAUGAGUUCACCUACAUUCCUUAGAGCUUUAAUGACAGCCGUUUGUAAAGCAGCAAUUAUAGCUGACUGUUCGACCUUCAAAGUGGACACUGCUGUGAUUAAGCAGAGAGUGCCGAUCUUGCUCAAGUACCUAGACUCAGAUACAGAGAAGGAGCUCCAAGCACUUUAUGCACUACAAGCAUCAAUAGUCAAACUUGAUCAACCUGCCAAUUUGCUACGGAUGUUUUUUGACUGCCUGUAUGAUGAGGAGGUGAUUUCAGAGGAUGCCUUCUACAAAUGGGAGAGCAGCAAGGACCCUGCUGAGCAGAAUGGGAAGGGUGUGGCCCUCAAGUCUGUCACUGCAUUUUUCACGUGGCUUCGGGAAGCAGAAGAGGAGUCUGAGGAUAACUAAACUUCAAAUACACAAACGAAACAAAAGAAACUAUUUAAGUAUUUUUUUAAAAAAGUUUCACGUCUUCGCCAAUCACAGUGCAGCAAGGCCAAUUCUCGCAGAAAUCCCCACGUGCACGAGUGGGAGAGGGGAAAGGAUUAAAAGGUGAUCAUGGAGGAAAAAGGUACUGAAAACAAACUUCAAACCUGAGGGCGGGAGCACGAAACCAAAAUACAUGUAUUAUUUAUAGAAAAUAUUUUCUGUUUUAAUCUUUUCUUUUUAAAUAAGGACUCAUACUAUAAAAAACACAUUUAGCAAAAAAAAAAAAAAAAAAGUUCAGAACUUUUAAUUUAUUUUAAGGACUGCAAAUGCCAGUGUGUAAUUUUUUAAUUUGCAGUUUCUGUAAACAACUUGUAUAAUAGAAAAGCAGAAAAAUAAAUUUCCCUCCCAUUUAAUGCACCUCACAUUUGUUUUAAGGCACAGUAGUUAGUUCAAAUUUGAUAAAGUUUGGGGUGAAUAAGGUAAGAAAGAUUUUUUUUUUUUCUGUCUUUGCUCCUUCCUGCCCCCUCCUGGACAUCAACUCUUUCUGCCUGUCUCUCAGCUUGCUUCAGAAAAUUCACAUGAGUCACAGUAGUAAUCAAAACAUACAUCUCUUUGGAACAGAAGGAAAUGCUGUGGACCAGAAAACUCCAAGAAUUGUUCAAAAAAGUGCUACCCUGGGAAAAGUACUCUUAAUCCUUUUGAAAUCUUAAAGCAACUUUAAGGCUUGUAAAUACAUAGAACAAAUAUUUAAAAAAAAAGAAAUUGACUCAAUAUUAUUUCUUUUCACUUUCAAAAUAUAAGGAACAAAAUAAAGUCGAACAUUGCAAGUUUAAAA